UCCAGAUCAACAACAAUCUCCCCUACACAUUUCUUUGGUCUCGCGGACAAUUUGAUCGAUACCAAUUGCGUCACCAAUUGCAUCACCAUGAGCGAACAGGGUUACAAAAAUAUCAUCCUCGUCGGGGUAUGUCCGCCGAGCUGAUACAUAGAAUCCUCGCUAAUCAAUUAUCCCAGGGAGGUGGCUCACUGGGAAGCGUUCUGCUCAAGUCGCUACUGUCCGAGCCAACGUUUAAAGUCAGCGUUCUCACCAGAGAGUCGUCCAAGGCUCGCGCCAGUCUUCCCUCCACCGCCAACAUCAUCACCAUCCCGGAUUCUUACCCUCAGGAAGACCUGGUCAAGGCCUUCCAAGGCCAAGAUGCGGUUGUCAAUGCGAUUACAAGUUUCUCGGUCGCCGAGCAGCUGAAGUUCAUCGACGCCGCCGUCACCGCGGGCGUCAAGCGGUUUGUGCCAUCGGAAUACGGGUUGGAUAACAACACCCCCGCUGCACAGGAACUCUCCCCAGUCUUCAAGGACAAAGGACAAGUGCAAGCGUACCUCCGAUCGAAAGAGGCCAAUGGUCUAACAUGGACGGCCAUUGCUUGUGGCAUGUGGAUUGGCUGGUCCCUGCGCAACAAUUUCCUCGGUCUGGAUUACCCCAACCGAACCAUGACUCUGACCGAUGAUGGCACCGGCAAGUUCUCGACGACGACCCUGGACAACACCGCCCUCACGUUGAACCGCAUCCUGCUGAACCCCAGCUCCACCGCCAACCAGAUCAUCUUCACCAGUGACUUCGCCACCUCCCAAAAGGAGCUCGUGGAGACCAUUGAGCGUCUGACCGGGGAGCAAUGGCAGCGCAAGUCUAUCAACACCAAGGAGCUGAUCCCUACCCUGAAAGCUGCCUGGGAGCAGGGUGAUGCUUUUGCUGGAUACGGGUUGAUCAACAUCGGGUUCACACAGGGCGAAUACAGCGGGCACUUCGAACCUGUGCGGCCAGUGCGCAACAAGGAACUCGGAUUGCCGGAGAAGCACUUGGAAGAAGUGGUCAAGGAGGCGCUCGCUGAGGUCGGACAUCCAGGAUUCUGAUCGCGCUGAGCAAGCUCGUGAUUCGAGGGACUGUGACAAUAUCUGGCGUUUCAAUAUAUCGUCGGGAGCUUCACCCUUACAUACACAUGUCAAGCCUAUAAGAUAGACCUUGCCGUGCGGAAAUUGCAACAAGUUUACGAACUACUUCAAAUUGUUUGCUGGACGUUCUUCUCUUAAAUCUCAAAUGCAAGUACCAGAUUUACAUAUUCAGGCUCACUCUAGUAGAGUUGCACCCGAAAAGUGUGGGCAGGGGCCGGCCCUAAUGC